ACCCGGAGCAUAAGCACUCGGACGCUCGCGUUCAAUAUGCAGAGUCCAUGCAUCCGACACGACGUCAGUGAGUGAAGUGUCUGUCUGCACGUUCCGACCAUACAUAUGUACGGACACUCCCUAGCCAACCCAACACCACACCACACACACUUCAUUCAGAGCUUCGCCCUAACUUGCGACAUGACCUUCUCGCUCGUCACGAGAGCACUGCUCAUGGCACCCUCGACAGACGCGGCCACCAUGAAGUCCCCCGCCACGUACACACCGAUCUUCUCAUCCCCCACACACCCCCGCCCCCUCAGUCCGUCAGGCACACCCACGGGGAAGCAGCUGCCCCACCUGUGGGCCUGCACGGCGGCAGGCGAAUCCAUAUCCAUCUUGCUCGCCGCCUCCUUGGCCACCGUCUGCAGGACCAUCUUGAGGUGGUCUGCCAUCGUCUUGGCCAGCCUGUCCAGGGCGUCGGGAUCGCUCGACGCCGACACGCUAAUGUGCUCCUCUGCGAAUGCGGGAGUGGAGUGGGCGACGAACGACACGUGAGAGGGAGAGGGGGAGUGGCCUGCUGAGGGGGUGGGAAGGGGCAUCUGCACCACCUUGGAAAGCAUGCCGUUCUCGAUGAGCAAACAAUCAAAAGGCAGAGAGGGCGGGGCGUCGCUGACAGGGUAGGUGACCAUGAGGCUGAAGAUGGGGUCGCUCUUGACCUCGCCCAUCAUGGCGGCUACCCUCUGCACAGCAUCCGACACCUGUGCGGCAGCCAGCCUGUCGCCGGCCACAGUCAGGGGCGGGGGCAGGCCGAACGUCUUCUGGAACCGGGGGUGGCCGUUGGUGACGCUCGUGAUGAUCAGGUAGUCAUAGCCGGCAUAUUCCUUGGCCUGCUUGUCCACCAGCCGCCACUGCUGGGUGGUCUUGUCGAAGCAGUACUCGACUAUCAUCGUCUGCUCCCUCUUGGUGAUGUUGUCGCCCUCAAGCAGCGCCGAACACAGGCUGGCCAUGUGCGGCACCCCUCUGUAGAUCUUGCAGGUCUCAGCGUCGCCGGACGACCCGUGGCUGGCCCGCGUCGUGUCGGCCUGCCGCACCCCCUUGGUGGCCCAGUCUAUGCUCAUGACCUUGCCCUUGUACUCCUCGAUGCACUGUUUGCCGGCCAGCGACUCGAUGAAGGCCGUCACAGCAGGGUCACACACAUGGAAGCAGGGGGCGCCGUGGUUGUACCACACCCCAGGGAGCUGCCGAGUGAAGCGAGUGGAUGCCCGGCCGCCAGGCCCACGGCCCAUCUCUGCAGCAGGAGCCGCACACAAGACAAGACAGCCAACAGACAGACAAAGCGAUGGAUGAAUGAUCAUCGAACUGGUUGGUUUAUCGACAGACGGACCGAAAACGUCGAUAGCGAUGGGCAGGCCUGAGCGGGAGAGCUGGUGGGCGAUGGUGCUGCCCGUGACUCCUGCACCUAUGACGGCCACACGUUGGUGCUUGAAAGCCGCCAUCCUGACUGCCGCGGC